GCAGCCCGCGCCCCUCCCUGCUUCCGCCGCCAGCGCCGGAGCCGCGUCCUGUCCUGUCCCGGCCCGUCCCGCCGCUGCCCCCGGCCCGGCCCGGCCCGGCCCGGCCCGGACCCCUCUCAACUUGGACCAUAAGAAUAGUCUGUUAGGCUGUCAUGUACUAGCACAGCGCUGCAAAUCGUGGGAUACAAAUAUGGCUGCUCACUUGGACACAGAGGCUAGAGAUGCACGUUCAAAGAGCCUGAGCCUGAAUUGAUUCAAUCUUUUCAGGUUAGUCUAACCUGGCUAGGCUGAACUGCUGUGAAAAUACAGGGAUUUUGAUAUCAACAGGUGUGCCACUGCCCUCUUAAUCCAGCUGUGCAGAAAACGUUUUCCAGUCAAGAGUAGCAACUGUAAAAGAAUUUAAGAAGUGCAACAUGGCAAGAGGCUGCCUGUGUUGUUUGAAAUACAUGAUGUUCCUUUUCAAUUUAAUAUUUUGGUUAUGUGGUUGUGGACUCUUGGGCGUGGGGAUAUGGCUAUCAGUGUCACAAGGAAACUUUGCCACGUUCUCUCCCAGCUUCCCAUCCCUUUCCGCUGCCAACCUUGUCAUCGCCAUUGGUACAGUCAUCAUGGUGACCGGCUUCUUGGGGUGCCUGGGUGCUAUCAAGGAAAACAAGUGCCUCCUUUUGAGUUUUUUCAUCGUUUUGCUGAUAAUUCUCCUGGCAGAACUGAUUUUACUAAUCCUGUUCUUUGUUUAUAUGGACAAGAUCAGUGACAGCGCAAAGAAGGAUUUGAAAGAAGGCCUGAUGCUUUACAAUACAGAUGAUAAUGUUGGACUAAAGAAUGCAUGGAAUAUCAUUCAAGCAGAGAUGCAGUGCUGUGGUGUUAAUAAUUUUACUGAUUGGUACCCAGUGCUGGGGGACAACACUGUUCCAGACCGAUGCUGUACAGAAAAUUCCCAAGGCUGUGGGCGAAAUUCUACUAAUUUACUGUGGAAGACGGGCUGUUAUGAGAAAGUUAUGAUGUGGUUUGAUGAUAACAAGCAUGUUCUUGGGACAGUGGGGAUGUGUAUCCUUAUCAUGCAGAUACUUGGGAUGGCCUUCUCCAUGACACUCUUCCAACAAAUUCAUAGGACUGGUAAAAAAUACGAUGCCUAAACCUUUGAAACGUUAGCUGCAUCUACACUUCUGUCUUGCCAUUAAAAACAAAACAAAACAACUGAAAAGAGUAUCCAGCUUUGCCCUGCUGAGGGCAGUCAUCCCAUCAAUCAAUCCUUCAUCAUUACUUGACUGAUUACUAGCACAACUUGUUACUUGACUUAUCUUUUUUUUGUCUGUUUAUGCAUUUGCCAUUUAUUGCCAAAGAAAACAAAAAUAAUAAAAAACAAAUCAGUUUUCUACACUAAUUCAUAGAUCUGCUAUUAAACUUUUUCCCUAACUUUAUUUAAGAAAAUGCUUUGCUCUACUAAUUGGUGUUAGACAUGCAAAGAUAAUGUGACAGAUGUGUGCUUAACUUCUAGAGAGAAUUCUUUGAAGUCUUCUGCUAAGUCUCAAACUGCUCAUAUCUGAUAUACUGGAAGACUUGGGAAAGCCACUCAAACUGAAUUCCCUAGGAAAUGGAGCUGCUUGCUUGCAGCUUUUUGUACCUUACGGUGUAUACUUUUUUAUUAUUAUGGAGCUAGUAUAGAAUUGAGUAGCCUGAUUUAUAACUUUUUACCUUUUUUUCAUCUAUCAUCUUUUAAACUAGGAACCAUUGUGCGAUCUUUGAAGGGUGUGUCUUUUUUUUCCUAAAGAUAGCAGUUUAAAAGGUGGAAAUAAAAACAUGACUUCUGAAGUUCAUAACUAGGCUAACUUAAACUGUAGCUACUGAGCUACUGCCACUUUGUGUCUUUACUGGGAAGGUGGUAGUCCUCGGGAGGCUGAUUCCUUUUAGAACCAGAUUUUGAUGUUCCUACUCUCACUAAGCAAGAUGGUAAAUUCCUCCUUCAGAGUAAGCUAGACUGCGAUGCCUUUACCCAUGUUGCAUGUUGUUUAGAGCCAUCAUUUCAUUGGGAGUUUAGAUACUAAAGUCUUGUUCUGGAUCUGAUCCUACAUCUUUAAGUAGUUCCCCCUGAUAUGACUAUUUGGGCAUCAUACUGUUCAGUGUGAGUAGAGACAUCAGAAUUUCAAAGGUGAAGGAGGGGUUCAAGAUCUAGCCCACUGAGUAGCAGUUUACAAGUCAUCCCACCGAUUCUGGAUGGGAUGGCAAUGGUGUGAGAUGUUCUUCUGCAUGAAUAAGAAGAGCACAAUUAGGCUCAUUGUAUUCAUCAUUGCUCACUUUCCCAAAAGGAGUUGCCUUGACAAGGGUUGCAAUCGUGCGGAGCUGGCAAGGUAACUUUGAGCAAUAAUGGAGGUAAAGUCAAGUGGAGGGAUGGUUUGGCGAAUGUCCCAGUGGAACGGGAACGGGGUGAUUUCACUUACCAUUUUGCUAUGAAAUCAGUUACUGGAUAGAUAGGUGCUCAAAACCGGUGUGUGUCUUUCCACAUUGAGCACGGACAAAUAUCUUUUGGUUUUCCAUGUCCUGCUCACCAAGUGGUAGCUUAGAACUCAUCACAAUACACAUCUCUACUGACAUUCCUGUUAGAAAACUUGAACAUAUACCUCUCUCUAGUUUUAAUGCUGCUUCAUUCUUUGUUGGCCCCUGCUUACCUUUUCAUGUUCUUUGCAGAGAGAGGUCUCUCUUACAUUUUGCUGCUUCACAAAGGAAGGUAUGAACGAAAAUGAAAAUUCAGCUAUUUCAUGGCACUCCAGUUUUAAACACAUUUAAAAACAAAUUCGUUAACAAUUGAGCUCAGGUAUUGAAAUGGACAGAUGUUCACUAUCUAUUAUCAGAGCAGUACUUAAAACCUUGGAUUUCUGAUUUUCAUUUACAUUCAGUCUGCAGUGUCCUUCCUCUUUAUUACUCUGUUGGCUCAGCAGCCACAGUGGGGCUGAAUGAAGUCUUUUCCACUCACUCAGUUUCUGUGGUCUAGUAUUUGCUGAGCAUUCAGACACAGUUCCUUGGCUUGUACCGGCAGCAUCUGGGAUUCCAACGUGGUCUGCCAUUCAAGUACUAGCCAGGUCUAGGACUGCUUAGGUUUCAAAGACCAGUCAAGAUGAAGUGUUUUCAGUCUGGCAUAGCCACAUAGUCUGGUAGCAUAAAGUGGCCUUACUUACAAUAGGGGGAAAAGGGUCUUUUUCACUUUCAGGCUCUCUCCAGUCACAGUGCUGUGUCUCUUACACAGUCACAGUGCUGUAAAGGGACACUUGUUUAAAUGAGAUCAGUCCUUGAGAAUCUAACCAACGUUUUUAAACUUGGAAGUCUACUGAAAGGCACUUGCAUUAGUAGUUAGCCACCUAAGUAAAUGGACUGAUAUUCAGAGUGGCUGAACCUAGUUCAUACCUGUUGAGCAAAAUGACACUGUACAAGCUCAGAAACUCUGAAAAUCAAGCGGCAUAUUUAGAUGUCUGGAAGGCAGUAUUAGGUUGCUAACUUGAGGCUCCUGUGUUUGAAACUGUUGGCUCUAAUGCCUGCAUAUGUUGGUGAGUGCAGGGUAACAACAUCAAGUCCCUCCUAAGUAGCUGUUGGGUUGCAUAUACCCUAUGGUUAUUCUUCCACUGGCAAACUGAAGUUUCAUUCAUAUUUCCUUUCAAAGACUUGAGAAAGGAGGGGAAAAAAGAAAAAGCUGGGUUUACUUUUAAUUGUAACAAAAAUUGGGACCAUAAGUGUUGGAGUUCCAUCUGAUACCUUCUGUAUCAAGAAUGGGAGCACUGGCACUAAGCAUAUUUGCUGCUAUGCAUAAAGGUUUUAUCCAAAGUUCAGAAAAGCCAACAAGUUUGAAUUUUUGGGCUUUUUUACAUUCAUAGCUCUACUUCUUAUCGUUGCUAGUAGAGUCAUUUUGGGUUCUCUUGUGAAAAUACAAUGGUUUUCUCUCUCAAAGACACAGAAGGGUGUUAAAACAAGCAAGGGCAUGAUGCUAAUUCUUUGAAGGUCGCACAGUGGUACCUGAUGAAUCUUAAAUUUUAAUCUGUGGUUGGUUUUUGUAAAAAAAAAUAUAAAUGAAAUAUGUGUUUAUACAAGUAAACUUGAAGGCCAAAUGCAUAGUGGCAAACUAAGCUAUUUUGCCUUCUCUUAAAAACUUAUUUUUGUAGAAUGCUUUAUUAUACUUUAUGACCUGAUAGUAACAUAGAUAUUGAAAAGCGUUUUUUGUUUUUAUGAAUUCCUUCAACAUUUUAAGCACAGUAUUAAGAUGGAUAAUUACACAAACAAUAUCACAGAGUUUGGAUUAGGCAGCCUUCAGAAAAGAAAUUAAAUAAACAAUUAGCCUUGUUGCUGAAUUAUGAAUCAUGUCACAGGACGUGUGUCCUGAAAACUAUGAAAAAGCAAUACUGUUCUUAAGGUGACAAAAGCCAGCCAUAAAAACCAUUAGAUUGUAUUUGUUGGUAUAUAUCAGAGAAGAUACUAAUUGUCCUUUAACUGUUUAGUGAAGGGGAUAUUGAUCUUGUUUAAAAAUGCACUCUUUGCUUGCAUUGGUUGGUGGCUGUCUGUGCAUUUUUCCAGAACAUUGCUUUGGUUAUUUAACUACACAUUUUUAGCAUGUUUUUAAAUAAAAAACAAUAUUGAGUAAAAGUAUUUUAAGUGUAUACAAAUGUUGAUUUGUAUUUAUAUAUGCAUAUUUUGUAUCUCUCUCUCUCUGUAUAUAUCUAUAUCGAUCUAUAUAUCUAUAUAUAGAUCGAUAUAGAUAUAUAUGCAUCAUUGAAGCUAAUUUCAACUGUAUCAAAGUUUGGGGUUUUUUUAAGCAUCCUUUCAGAAUAUCGCAUACAAGAUAUUUUGUUGUGCUUUUUGCACACAGGUUUUUUUUAUAUAUAUAUAUAUAUAUAUAAAAAAGCUUAAACUGUAGAGGAACUUAACAUGUUACAUUUUUGGAUUUUAGAGAGUCAAGUAAAACUUACGUCAGGAAAAUGCAUCCAUGUAUUAUUCUGUAGCAGUGUGAGAGGCUUCAAGAAGAAAAAGGCCUUUUUCUUUAUGAAAGGUAACUGCUUACACCUCCAAGUAUGUAGCUUUCAAGCCUUGAGUGCAACUAUUUAAAAAAAUCAGGGCUAUUUUCUCUGUUUUGGGUCUUGGUUUCCCAGUGAUAAAUAACAAGACCAGAGUGCAUUUUAUUUCCACAAUUAAUUAACCUAGAUGCUGGGGAGUACAUGCCACUAAAUGAAAGAGAGAUGCAUUUGCUAAGGGAAUUAGGGAGUUCAUAAAGCUAAUAAAGUAGGUAAAGUGCAGGUGUUUGACACCAGUAUUCUCAUCCUGCAAGGUGCUCAGCUGUGAAAUGCUGCAUAUCCUUACUUGCAUUGAGUACAAGCACAGUUGAUGGAUCUCAGCACUUCCCAAGAUCUACGCUGCAGGAUAGAUGAGACCAGACCCUGCAAAAAGUUGAGUUGGGCAGUUUCCUAAUGAGGGUCAGACAUCAGCCUUUAGUUCCUGCCUUUAAGAGAUUAAGCUCCCUGAAAUUCUGUGCUCACAUUUGCCCCAAGUUAUCUCAGAGCAGAUUUUUUAAAAGUGAACAAAAGAGCCCUGCCAUUGGUUGAACUUGUGAUGUUUCACUUGAAAAGAAAUGUUUCCACAUUGUAUGUUAAGGCACUCAGAGGUGAAAAAUAUGUGACCCAUUAAAGGGUUUAUUUAAAAAAUGGCAGUGGAGGGGAGGGAGUGACAGUUUGUGCACCUUUUUUUGUUUAUUUUUCUGUUGUAUAAAGGUCUUAAAUGUUUUUGAAUGUUUCUCUUUAGUUGUAGGCUUUUCAUAGAAUCACAAGGCUGCUAUACACGUGCAGGGAGGUUGCUCCGACACGCUGUAAUUACAGUGCAUUGGAGCAGACUCAGUUAAUCGAGUCUGUUGGAGCAUAGUAAUUGCCAUGCUCCGGCAGAUUCCAGCAUCAUGUGUAUCAUCAUCCUUGCACUGAAACAUUGCAGCAGGGCACUUUAAAGCUUGUUCAAUGAACUUUAGGUCAAAAUGUCCCGCUGCCAUUUUUCAGCACGGGGAUGCUAAUACAUGUGAUGCUCUGGGCACUUUAAUUAGCACUGCUCUUAGAGCUCUGCUAAUUAAAAUGCCUCCCCACCACUCCCCCACUGCCUGCCAGAGCACAUCUAUAAACACCCAUAGAAGCAGGGAUGGAAGGGACCUUCAUAGGUCAUCUAGUCCAAACCACAGCCUGAGGCAGGGUCAUCCCUAUCCAAACCAUCCUAUACAAAUCCAUAAUUUAACCUCUUACUAAAACUACCAUCAGACCCAACACAACACAAGCCAUAACACCCUAACCUGCCACUGUAAAGCAGGGGAACCAUGGCAGCCAACCUUUUGCUUGUGUAAAAUGUUGUAAAUAUAUGUUCAAGAGAUUCCAGGUAGAGGGCUAUGCCCCCCUGCUACAGAGGAAAGCAAAAAACUCCACAGUCCAUAUCAGCCUGACCAUGGGGUGAAAUUCCUUCCUGACCCCAAAUAUGGCGAUCGGUCUGAUCCUCAGUGGAGGCGCAAGACUCUCUAGCCAGGAACCUCCAGCUUUAAGUUGCAACAGAAGCAAUGGGACACCCCAAUCAAAAUCCCCAGUUUUUGCUGCAGCCCCAUGCAACAACCAGCAAAGCCCAGAAGCCUGGGCAGUACCCAUAGUAGAACAUAGGCACUGCAGAACAUAGGCAUAGCUAUGCCUGUAUCAUCCCCAACCAGCAGCUGUCCAAUCUCUUCUUCAACAUGUCCCAGGAUGGAGAGUCCACAACUUCCGUAGGCAGUCUGUUGUUCCCCUGCCUCACUGUUCUAACAGUGAAAUUUUUCCUCCUAUUCAGUCUAAACCUACUUUGCUACAACUUCAGGCAUUUAGUCUGCAUCUUACUUUCUGCAGCAAAAGAGAGAAAAAGUGUCUUCCCUUUUCUUUAUGGCAGCUCUUCAAAUAUUUUCCUGCCUUCUUCAGUUUUAGCUUUCCAAGUAUCAAGAAUAUCAACUCUACUUUCCCUCAGCUUUUCUGCAGGACUCAGCGACAGUCUUAGGUGACAUAUUAGUUCUUACACCUUGAUUAAAGAGAGUGUGAGAUCUCAGCUAUUCUUUCCCUAUAAUAUGAUUUCCCCCCAUAAUGUUAGUUAGUGAUUAGAUACAAAUAAAGAGGGCUUUUGAAGCAAUGUCAUUAAACAUCCCUUCCCCUCUCAAAUCCUCAACUGUCAUGACUUUGGUCUUGCAAUGACACUGUUUCACUAAUCUCUAACUUAGCACAGAGCAAAUCCCAGCAGGCCAUCCUCCACCAAGCCCCCAUCCACCCACACUCUAAAAUCAGAGCUGUAGCAUGAGAAGGCAAUCUGAAGACCAAAGGCAGUCUCAAGACCAGGAUCUGUGAUGUGCUUGAGAGCAGUGAGUUGGGAUGGGCCUGCAGAGUGGGGCAGGGCAUGCUUAGAAAUAUCCCUGCUGGAAGAUCUGGGAGCGCAGACUAAGUAUAGUCACAAACUCUUCCAGCCUAGACAGAAUCUAAAUGUCUAAUGGAUUUUUUAAUUUGCCAAAACUGUUCAGCCCUUCUUCAUACAUCAUAAAGAAACAAGAGAGGGGGACAAGACAAGGUGUUUUAGCUCUUGUGUAAGUCACCUUGUAGGUUCUGUGGGAUAUGGCCAGUUUUUUGGCUCUUUACAUACAGUGCACCUAAAAGUCUUUUGGAAAUAAUCAGAAUGUGUUGCUAAUGGGUGAGCCCAUGUUGUAUUUGGGACUGGUUUAACAUAUGCAUCAGAGAUGUUCUCAGACAUGUUCCUUUUGCAAAGGGAAAGAGUCCUUCAUACGUUGUUCUAGCUGUGUUAGAAGAGGAAGAUGAAGCUCUGAGGGAUUGUUUUUUAUGCUACACCAGUGGUUCUCAACCUUUUUAAUCUCAAGGCACCCCUUGUUAGACUCAAGGCACCCCUUAGAAAAUGCCGGCUCUCAGUUUUCACUUGGUUUUUGACUACAGAAAUUAAUAGAGUAAUUAUUUUGCUGCAAAGAACUCAAAAAGACUACAACAGGUCAGAAUGUUUUUGACACUUUGAAUUCCCAUUUGAAAUCUGUGGGUUUAUCUUUGAGUCAUGUUUGCAUGCCUAACAGUGCUUAUGUUGUGUGGCACCCUGUGGCACCCUUGAGAGGAUCUCAAGGCACCUCAGAGUGCCAUGGCACCCUAGUUGAAAAUCACUGUACUAAAUGGAAAUCUAGGUGCUUUUAGCACUUGCACCCACAUGUCUAUUUGAUAACACUGGGAGAUGUCCAACUUGUGGUGUUUCAGAUAUUGAUGGCAGGUGUUGGUGUAAAUAGAGCGCACUCUUCCAUUAAUAGGUUGAAUAACAGGUACAAAACCAUGACAUAUUAUACCCAAGUGAACUUGUUUCUUGUGAGGGUAUUUUUCCUCAUGCGUGUCGUGUUGAGUAACUGAAUUCCAAUAAUGUAUCUAUGACUCGAUAGAUGUGUUGAAAAACACAUUUGAAAGUCACAAGUGGGGUAUAAUGCAACUGAUCCACCUAGUAUAUUAUAUAACAGCACAUUUCAAUAAACUGCUAAGCCUAUUAUUUGUAUCACUUGAAAUAAUUUGUGGUUGGGUAUAAAGAUGGCAAGGAGAGAAAAGGAUAUUCUUCCAACAUAUACCUAGCUGGCAACUUGGUCUGUGUAUAAAAAAGUCGGUGGCAAGCAGGAUGCAAUAAGGCACAUUAGUGUCCUGAAAUAAUUCCCUUUUUCAGUUUAAUUUGUUAUCUUUAUCAUGUAGCUCUUGUGUGAACCAUGUAAGUAUUUUUAUACCAGAGACACACUUGCAGGCUCAGGACAUAUUUUUUGUGGUAGAUCUUAGAACCUAAUGUGCCAUUCCAUCCAGGUUACAUUCACACCCAUGUUCCUUCUAUGCAAUACCUACUUCAGCCUUUGUACAAAUUAUUUUGUAUUAGUAUUACGUAUAAAAAUAAAGGACAUAAGAAAAGGA